AUGCCGGAGCCGUGGAAGGUAGCUUUACAAGACGACGAAGAUGACAAACUCUCUUUCGACGACGUCUACUACGAGUGGGGCAUUCCGUAUGGAAGCGUCAGGAUUGAAAUCGUCAAAGUUGAAAUUAUUUGUAAUGCAUAAAAGCGAUACGGAUACCAGCUGGAAGCCCAAUUUCCCAGCGGCGCAUGACAAAUUUCGGCACCGUCUAAAGCCAGUCUGUCAUGCUGUUUAGGGACAGAAGGCGCCCUUUGUCAUGCUACUUUGGCAGCUCUAUUCCAAACCCGAAACAGGCUCACAAUCGGCCUCAUUUGCAAUCCCUGCAAGAGAGGCACUUCAUGCCUUGCAAUUUCUGCAUGAGAAAUUAUUUGAACUUUGAGGAUUUCAAUCCUGACGCUUCCAUAUUCCGUUCAAGAAGCCGGAGGUCAACAUUUUCAGGGCCCACAACCCGGUGAGUUUGGAAUUUUUCCAACAGGAGCUGAUCGAUUUAAGCGGUUGUGAAAAGGUUUUGGAGGAGAAGCUGCAGGAGAUUACCGACGAGGGGGAAACGGAUAUGGAGGACGAUGAAGAUGAAGACGAUACUAGUACUCAGAGUUUUGUUGACAUUAACCUGGAGCAAGCAGAUAUCACCCGGAUGUACAAACAAUUGGCAAAGGGACAAAUUGGCGCUUCCGGUUCGGGAUUAUUCCUCCUGUGAAAAAGUAGACCUAUUCGCAAGCAGAGAAUCAAUCCUCGUCGGAGGAAAGUUCUGCUGAAGGGCGAGUUUGUGAAGAUUUUUUCAAAAAGUUUUUAUUUUUAAUACUGGGAAAUGUAUGCGCUGCGUCAUGGAAUACGCAGUGGGUCCGGUGCUCGAGCUACAGUGACCGAGCCGUUGUGGAGUUUAAGUACUCCCUGCGCCGGACCUAAAAAACAAGGCUGAUAGCCUCGGCUCGGUCGCUGAUCAGAUUCGCCCUACACUAAUGCAGAGUGCUACAGUGUGUGCGUUUUUGGUCCCCCCUGAACGACGUGUGUGAGUGUGAGGCCCACACCCAAGUCCGAAAAAAACCUAGCCUCAUAACAGCCGCGCCCUUAUGGUAUAGAUCAACUGUUCGUCAUAGAGGAUCGGCGUUCAGCUGCUCUCGGGCUGGAGGAGGGAGUAGCACGCAGCAGUCCGCUAAAGGGCACACUGCCAAC